AAGGACUAGCAUCUUGCCAACACACACAGCUCCUCCUGUGCAGACCUGGGAAACACCAGGCUGUGGCCUGGCAGGAUCUUCGGGAAAAGGAAGCAUCUGACACAAGAUCCCUUGGGGUGAGGACAUGGACGUGUUAUGAAAAGGGCUCCAGAUUGUGACAUCUGCCCAGCAGUGAGGGAGGAUGUUUACCUCUUUGUGAAGGGAACCCCUGACGAAUACAUUGCUAAAGUGAAAGAAUACAACACAAACAGUGCGAUAGUGGCCAAUGCCAGAAGGCUGAAGGGCAGAGUUGAUGAGAAGUUGACAGAAGAGGAUAAGCAGAAUGCUCUCAGCGUCCUGACCUCAAAGAGACAUUUAUGCCUCACAUGCCCUAAGAGGAGGCUGCUUCCAAAAGCUGCCCUCCUGCCCUCCCCAGGCCUGGGAUGCCCAGAAUCGAGGAUAACGGUGAAUCCUCUCUCUGCUGCCGUAGAGGUGGUGGGACAAGCAGCUAUUUCAACUCUUAAGUGUAUAAGGGCUAGAGGGAGGAAGCAGACAGGGGUCAGCUCAUCUCUGAAGACUCCCAGGAGUCACUCCAGAGCCCUGCAAGGUGGUCCUCAGCAGUGUCUCCCAUUCUAUCCCAGAAGACUGCCCUCAGUCCUCCAGGGAGACCCCACAAUCUCUGUUCCAUUGGAAGAAAACUCCCUGGGACAUAUCCACCUUUACCUGCUCACAUCCAGAGGCCUCCCUCCAAACAAGCCUGCAGGCCCCUCCCCUGUGUUCAGAGCUGCUUUACAUCUCAUCCACCCCUGAGGCCUCACGAGAUUUGUGCACCUUCUCUUACGGAAUAAAGUAUACUCAAGUUCUCUCUGCUGAUGGAACUGUCCCUGCCAGGAGCCCAAGGAAAUCACUUGGCUGAUCACUAAGUAGUGUCAGCAACCCACCAUGUCUGUGUCUGAGUAGGUAAUACCAGAAAUAAAAGGCCUUGCAAUUCA